UCCAUUGGGCACUAAAAGACAGCAGCAUCACCCAAAAUACCAUUAGAUUUCCAGAAUCCCAACGCUCUUCUUCUUCUUCUUCUUCUUCUUCUAUAUCUCUAUAUGGUCACUAGUAGAGGACAAUCACAGCAUUCUUUGAAGCUAAGCGCAAACCACUUCAAUGGCGUCUAAGAUCAGCAGGGAAGAUGUCCAAGCAGCAGUGGCCAAAGCCAUGGAGCUCAGGGCCUUGCAUGCUGCUCUGCUUCAUGGCAGCACUAGUAGCCCCACUGUUCCAAGGCUUCUUGCUGGUUCUUCCCCUUCUCUUGCAAGAGCUCCUGGCUAUCUCUCUGCUGAAGAUUAUCCAGUUUUCACACCUAGUUAUGGAGAGGAAUCUUCAAAUUGGAGAGGGAUAAGGAUGGAAGAAGAAGAAGAGAGGGAUGAACAAGAACUCGAAUUUUCUAAUAAUGGCGCAUUGAACAAAAGUUAUUUUCCAAGAGAAGAAGAAGAACAACUACAACAUACUUGUUCAGAAGAAGAUCGAAAAUCGAAUAAAAGCUUGUGCAUUAGUCAUUUGUCACUCUCACAGAACACUCCCGGGACUGAUGUUCUUCCAAAUUGUAGGAGAAUGGGUUCCGAUGAUCGCAAACUUGUUACUACUGGUAACAAGUGCAAGCCUGAAUAUAUGAGUGGUGAAAAUGGAUCCUAUGGAAAGAUUCUCAAGAAUGACAAUGCUAAGAAAGUGCCUUCAAGUGAUAUUAAGAACCGAGGAUUGGUUUUCUCAUGGUUUUUGCCCAAGGGGAGAAGGAAACCAAAGUCGGAGAUGUCCCCAAAUGUAAUGGAAUCUGAAGAUGUGUCACAACUUUUAAAGAGUUGGGGGAUGUUUUCGGUCGACUCAUUGAAGAAGGAGCUGCUCGAGGCGAAUGCAAACAAGGAUGCUGCAUUAACACAAGUUUCAGACAUGAAAUCUACACUGAUAGAACUCAAGCAGAAACUCGUGAGCUUAGAAGCAUAUUGUGAAGAACUAAAGAAGGCUUUGAAACAUGCAUUGCAGGCAAAGGGUACUCAGACAUUAGACCGGCCUAAUUUAUCGAAACGAUCAAAGUCUAAUAAUGACAGCAGAGACAAUUCCAUGCCUGUCAGUCUUGAAGUAAUGGUCGAAGGGUUCUUGCAGAUUGUAUCGGAGGCAAGACUCUCCGUGAAGCAAUUCUGCAAAACUCUCAUCAGUCUGAUAGAAGAAACAGAUACUAGUUUGGUCGAAAAACUUAGUUCAGAGCUCAAAACCACUUCGGCCUCUAAGCAUUCAAAGGCAAUGUUGUAUCAUUUGGAAGCUCUUGUCAACCAGUCUCUGUACCAGGACUUUGAGAACUGCGUGUUCGAGAAGAAUGGAACACCGAAAGUUCUUGACCCACAUCAAGAUCGUAUUGAGAAUUUCUCGGCUUUUGUUGCUCUACGGAACUUAAGUUGGAAUGAAGUGUUGAGGAAGGGAACCAAGUACUAUAGUGAAGAUUUUAGCCGGUUUUGUGAUCAGAAAAUGAGCAGCAUUGUAUCGAUAAUCGAUUGGUCUAGGCCGUGGCCUGAGCAUCUACUUCAAUCCUUCUUUGUUUCAGCUAAAUGCAUUUGGUUACUUCAUCUGUUGGCUUUCUCAUUCAAUCCACCAUUGAUGAUCCUUCGAGUGGAGGAAAACCGAAGUUUCGAUCCACUUUACAUGGAAGAUGUUCUGCGCGACAAGCAUCGACAAGCACAAGCUUCUGCUUGUGUCAAGUUCAUGGUAAUGCCGGGAUUUUAUGUUGAAGAUCGGGUUUUGAGAUGUCGAGUUUUAUGCAAAGCAUAAUUCCAUCACAUAAGAUGUGUAUGUGAUGUGUUCAAACUGAAAAAAAUUUCUCCUUGGUAUACAAUUUUGAGAUAGAAUUUUGGCA